AUACAUAUAUAAGCAACUGCGGCAUUUACUCUUAACGACAAAGAUAUAGUGUCACAGCAAAUAUACAUGCCUUCUCGCAUGACAUUAUGUGAUUAAAGCUAUUGUAUCAAAUACUUUGAUCCUUUGUCUUAAAUCAAACUUUGUUUAAAAAACAAUAUCGUCAUGUUAUGCUUGAUAAGCAACCAGCGUAUCAAAUAUUACUUGUUCUAUUUCACUUACCUUAGCCGGUAUUGUAAUAUUUCACAUUUCUUUUAAAGUUUUACAUUCAGCUGAAUUUGUGUCUCAGAUACAUAUCUGUUUCUGACUUCGAUAUACAAAUAUGAGUACUAUCGAGGAGUUGUAUGGUGAAGACGAAGUCUUUACAAGGGAGAAUGCAGCGGAUGCACUGUUUGCCAUAGGAAAAAUCCCAACUGCUGUAGAUAUAGCUACCUUCUGGAAAGAUAAGAAGAAAGAACCUGAUGAAACAAUAAGCCGAGAGGAGUUGAUAGAACUAAGCAACACGCUUAAGGAUGGGGAAGACGCAUUAAGGGAGGCAUUUAAAGUGUUUGAUAAAGAUGGAAACAAUAAAAUCACAAAGGAUGAAUUAAAAACCUUCCUGCAGGCGGCAGAUGUGUAUGGAGGAGGAAUGGGUGAUGAGGACGGUAUGAUAGAUCAAAUAUUCAAAGACGCUAAUAUAGAUACAACAGACGAAGAAGGUGAAGAAGGAGCAAACAAUGCAGGACUGGAUGUUGAUGAGUUUAUACGCAUGAUAACGAAAAAGAUUUUCAAUACGGAGUUGUUGGCAGAUUAGUCGUCAUGAACAACAUCUUCUGUUUUAUUAUAGUGCCGAAAACGAAUAAGAAACAAUUUGCAAAUGACAUUUUAUCCUAACAAAGAAAAGCUUAAAUAUGCAUACAGUUCAGGUAUCCGAUCCACCAACUUUAAAGUAGAUAACAUUUCGAUGCCUGGUGACCCCAUGUUAUUUCGUACCAUUUGUUUGGUCCCAUUUGAAAGAGUUGUGUCUGCUGAACAAGAAUUAGUAAGUAAUAUGACCAUAAUAACAUGCAUAAAUCACUACAGUCAUGUUUUUGACUGCGAAAUGAUAAAUCUUACACUGUAAUAACUGGAUUUCUGUUAAGGUAUCAUUGAAAACUAUAAAGCAAAAAAAUGUUAUAUAGAACAUGCUUAUACCUUUAAUAUGCGACACACUGCUUCGUUAUUUACUGAAAAGAAAUCAAAUCAUGAAUGUUUUCUACAUUAUUUUUAGAGCCUUUUAUAAUAUUUUAUGGAUUUGAAACUGUUAUAGAAAAUUACAGGUAUCUAUGGUGAACUUUAAAAAGACAAUGUUUCUUUGUUCAUUUUUGACAAAAUCAAUGUAUUUUCUUUCAUUUUUUUUUGUUAAAUCAUUGUUUUACAAAUUUACCUUGUUGCCAUGCUUCAUUGGAGUUGAAGUUACCGGAUCAAUAAAUUUAUCUUUUUCCCGAUGUUUUGACAACAACUUUGUACAUACAUUGUGUUGCUGUAAAAGUAGCUACUUAGUGUAUGUGGCGCAUUCUGAUUUAUUCAAGUUGGAUUGCCAUUGUCGUAAUUUAGACCCCUUUUAAUCCAUUUAAAAAGACAAUACAAAUCUAAGUGAAAUUGCAUAGAACAAGGUAUGAUAAAAUAAAUUGUUAUUUUGAAACAGUUAGUUCAUUGCUGUGUGACUGAUCUGAUAACUUUACUAUAUUGACCUGAUUUUGACAAAAUGAUAAUGCACUAGUUACAUGCCUCAUUGCAACAGUAUUCUUUUCCCCGGACAGUCAAACACCAACGCAACAGUUUUUUUCUUUUGCUUUUAUCAGUGGUAUUUCAUUUAGAAAACAUUCGACAAACUAGUAUACAUUUACUUCAACUGUAAAUGUAAGAAUAAAAAUCUCCUUUUAUAGAAGGUAUGAACUGGAAAACUUGUUGAAGGGAUUUUUGACUCAUUUAUGCAACCCGGUAUAAAGUCGAUCGUAGCAAAACGAAACGUUAGAAGUGUAGAAGUGUGACAAAGUUCAGAUGACGAUGGCGAUUAUUGGUUUCCGGCACUCUAACUUUUCAUUUUUGCAUGCAACGAGGGUGGGAAAUAACAUCAGAACCCCUGUGUCAAAGAUAUUUUAAAAAGUCAUCUUUUUGACGCCCCGAAACUUAUGUAAAAUUCUUGUAAAUGGCAACGGUAAAACAUCAGUCUAGCGUAGUAGAUCAGACUGAGGUUGAUGCGUUUUUCCAACGGUCAUUUGGAAUACUAGAAUAGGUAAUAGCAUUUAUUACAGUUUUAACUCUGUUAGGGCUUAUUUUAACAUUUUAUUUAACUGACAAGAUCUGAGAUAGACAGCGCAGUAUGAUAUUUAAACUGAAAUAAAUUACUUCAUCGAUCAAAAA